AUGUCGGACACGGAAUGUUAUAAGUGCCACGAGACCGGCCACAUCGCUCGCAACUGCCCUAAUGGAGGAGAAUCCGGCGGUCGAAGCGGAGGUGGCGGUUCAUGUUAUAACUGCGGUGAACCUGGACACUUUUCGCGUGAAUGCACCCAACAACGUGAUGGACGUGAUGGUGGACGAGGAGGUGGUGGAUACAGAUCUCGUGGACAGGAAUGCUAUCAAUGUGGAGGACAAGGGCAUUUCGCUCGUGAAUGCCCUUCGGGAGGUGGUGGAUUCCGUGGCGGUCAAAAAUGUUAUAAUUGUGGAAGGCCAGGUCAUAUCUCACGAGAUUGCAAUGAGAGUGGUUCUGUAGAGUCGAAACGCUGCUACAGGUGCCAAGGUUCCGGCCACAUUUCUCGCGAUUGUCCCCAACAGUAG